CUUUUCCGUCAGUGGCAGUGAUGUCGCGCAUCACGAGCAUGGUGCUAGUUCGAUUCCAUUCCGAACCAAUCAAGUCUCUCCUCCCUCCGAAUCCGGUAGAUUGGAGGCAUGUCAUAUAUUGACUGGAGCCAUUCAUGUACAUGAAAGCAAAGUCUGCAUGAGUAUACCUCAAGGCUUCCGUGGUGAAGGUACUUUCGUUGUGAACUGUGAACAUCUGCAACAGUGUGAUUCGAACAAUGAUGGCUUAGGUUCAUGGGGUAUGCCAACAGGGCGAAACAGGUACUACGGGCACUCGAAUGGUGUGUUCUCUCGAAUGGAUGAUGGACGAGGAAAUUUGCUCCCCAAUGCAAAGUACAUUUGGAAGUGUAUGAUGCGUCGAUAUGAACACCCGUUGACUGCAAAUGUUGCUCGUGGGGAAAAUCGUUUUAUCAAAAAGGUAAGACUAGAGCAACUUGACAUUUUGCAUUGUUUUCCAACAUCUUGUUAUAUGAAUGAGUCAGGUCAGGGCGGCCCUAUGACCGCUCUUCCAACUACUUGUGCUGCCUAUUUUGGAGAUUGUCCAUUAUAUGCCGUUGGAGCCAUAGACUUUAACGCCGUGGCUUCCAUCAUUCUCGGCGGAACUAUAGUUGACUCUUCAAAAAUAUGUAGCAGAGUCCCUCAAGGCUAUCGGGAAUGUGGGACAUUCGUGAUCGAUCUGAACAAUUUCGUUUCUGAUGCUGAACUAAGAAGAGAUAAUAAUGGUUGUUGGGGAAAGCCGUUUAGGUACUACAAGAUCGACAGCAACACAGGCGAUGCUGUACGUGUUGAUCGUGGUUGCAAAUUGAUUGAAGGAGCCGAAUAUGACGUACAGAUCUUGUCAAAACGUUACGAACACCCGUCCGUAAAUGGAAGGUUUGUUCGCAAGAUAUAUACUGCUAAGAGCCCAACAAGUUCUUGUACACCGCUGGCUGUAAUGACUUACUAUUGGAAAGGAGAUCCAGAAUGUUUUGAAGCUGGUCCUCAAAGAAGGGUUAGGUCUCACUUAGAAAAAUCACUUGUGAGUUUUAAUAUCCAUAUGUUAGGUGAGAUUCUCGGAUGGCGUAGAAAAGAACGGCAAGCUGCUUUGUUAGAUCGAUUUGAAGCUUUUAUGGACCGAUUGGAACGAUUUAGUAUGUGUUUACCACAAAUGCAAUCAAUGCGACAGGUAUAUUUGCAGUUUAUUUUAGGGAUAUCGUUAAGGUUAACGCUGGUGUUUAACAGGGUUCUGUUGUCUUUAGAGUGGUUAUAA